AAGAUGAGCGCUGUGGCUUGCACCGCCUUCCACGGGCUUUGCCCAGAAGGGAAGCUGGGCAAUGGGAUCAUCAGCGUGGAUGGCAUUGAAUUCAUUGCUCACAAGAUGAUCCUCUCUAGCUGCAGUCCGUACUUCAGGGCUUUGUUCUCCAGCAGCUGGAGCAAUGCCGAGAGGAACGUCUAUCAAAUCCCCGGCACUUCCUCACAAAUGAUGAGGCUUCUCAUGGAAUACGCCUACACCGGGACAGUGCCGCUCACGGAUGACAACGUUGAAUGUUUGCUAAUCGCGGCAGACCAGUUCAACGUCCUGGACAUCGUCAGACUGUGCUGCGAGUUCUUAAAAUCCCAGCUGUGCUUGGAAAAUUGCAUCGGCAUCUGGAGAUUCACAGGCUACUACUACUGUCCUGACCUGCGAGAAGCAGCCCAUGAGUUCAUCCUGCAUCACUUCGAGGAGGUGACCAGGGUGUCCACAGAGUUUCUGGCGCUCUCCUUCAAUGAGCUGGAACGCCUGCUGGAGAAGGAUGAGCUCCCUGUGAAAGAAGAGGCCGUGCUCGAGGCCGUUCUGAAAUGGGUUGCCCAUGACCUGCAGAGCAGGAGGCAGCACGUUGUAGUC